AUGGAAGCUAAGUCGGACGCUUCGGAUCAAAUUUGGGAGGUGAUCCGAGAAGGCAGGACACUCACCAGAGGUUGGAAAGAGUUCACCGAAGCACAUGAUCUUCGCAUCGGUGACAUUAUCAUCUUCAAACACGAAGGAGACAUGGUCUUUCAUGUGACUCCUUUUGGUCUUAGCUGUUGUGAGAUUCAGUAUACACAUCCUCACAUCGACGCUGAUGAUGCUCCUACUUUCUCAUACGACUACUGCUUCUUGGCUGAGGUUACUGCUACAAAUCAAAAGGACGACAAAAUGUUUCUUCCUGUGGAAGCUAUGUGGUGUGGUGCUUUGAACCAACAAUGCAAAGAGGUCAAACUUCAAAACAAGGAGGGAAAGUCAUGGACUGCGAGCUUCGGAUUUAGCGAAUCAGACGGCGCAUAUUACAUCAGUAGAGGGUCGAGAAAGUUCUGUCGUGAUAACAGAUGCACCAACGGAGCUUUGUUUGUGUUCAACGUGGUUGGAGACGGGAUGACAACUCCAUUACUGUGUGUAUGUCCGGAAAGGAAGGAGUGUACUGAACUACUGAUCAACCACUUCAGCAGAAUCGAUGGUAGCAUUGCUUCUACCUCACGAAAUUAG